AUGAUACGUUUUCUUGUCUUUGUCACCCUUCUCCUUUGCUCGCUUCGGGUGGAGGGAAGUGAAGUUGUGGCAGCCACCGAUAAAGACUUUGACAGCGUCCUUGCAAGGGGUGAAGUGGCGCUUGUGAAGUUCUACGCCCCUUGGUGUGGGCACUGUCAGAAGCUUGCCCCGGAGUGGGAGAAGGCAGCCAAGGAGAUUCCCAGCGAGGCGAUCAUGGUGGAUGUCGAUUGCACUAAGGAAAAGGAGUUGGCCAAGAAAUACUCCAUUCAGGGGUUCCCCACAAUUAUCCUCUUCCGUGAGGGUAAAGAGGUGGAACACUACAAAGGGGGCCGCCAAAGCACAGAUCUCGUCAACUACGUGAAGGCAAACGUUGGGCCUGCAGUCGUUUAUCCAUCGAGUGCCGAAGAGUUGGCCAAGUUAAAGGAAGAGCAUGAUGCUGUCUGUGUGGGGGUGGCUUCGGGCACAGAAUCGGCCCUUUCAACGACGCUGGCAAAUUCUGCACAGAGGCUAAGGAUGAAGUUGAAGUUUGCCGUUAUCACGGAUCCAGAGAUCCUUCCCGAGGAGAAGCCGGAAUCUAUCAUCGUAUUCAGAAAAGGUGGGGAAAAAGAGGUUUAUGAAGGGGCGAUGGAGGCUGAGGAGCUGAAUUCGUUCUUGGAGGUUUCGGUUCUCCCCUUCGCGGGGGAGAUCGGCCCGAGGACGUACAUGAAUUACGCUGGACUAUCAACACCGGUGGGUUGGGUCCUAUUGAAGCCGAGCGGGGAGGCGUCGCAGGAGCUGAAACCCAAACUUGUGGAGUUGGGAAGGAAAAUGCGCCGUCAUGUGGUGCUCCUUUGGGUAGAUGCGGAGCAGUACGGGGUGGCACCAAGCCUUGACCUUCCAGAGGACGCAAAAUACCCCGCAUUUGUGAUUGCUCGAGGUGAGGAUCACUUUGUUCAUCCGUCCACUGAACCGGUGACUGCUGAGGGCAUUGAAAAAUUCAUUGUGGAGGUCUCCGAAGGCAAAGUGGCCAAGGAGCUCAAGUCCCAACCCGUACCUGAAGUUGAAACAGUUGAGGGGCUGACCACGGUUGUGGCAAAGACAUUGGAUAAACACCUCUCUUCUGGAAAAGACAUGCUGAUCGAGUUCUUCGCUCCAUGGUGUGGUCACUGCAAGAACUUGGCUCCAACGUACGCGAAGUUGGCGAAGGAAUUUGAGUCCUCGGACGUUAUUAUUGCCGCCAUGGAUGCGACCGCUAACCACGUGGACCAAUCGGUUUUUGCGGUUUCCGGGUUCCCGACCAUCUACUUCGUUCCCCAUGGAAAACCGCCAAUUAGCUACGAGGGGGACCGCACUUUCAAUGACAUGUACGAAUUUGUUCGUGAACAUAGCACGGCUUUAAAGGAUACGCCGGUCUCAGAAGAAGUCAGGAAUAAGGAGGAGGAUGAAAAUGGUCAAGAGGGAGAUCUCUAG